AUGCCUGUCCCCUUCGGUCCAGACAUGCCUGUGCCAGUACCAAAACCACGGGCACGGUACAAGCGGGCUGGCGGGAGCUUACAGAGCCAGCUCUCUUCUGAGAGUGUGGUGUCAAGGCAGGUUGGUGUUGUCCCCAAUGGAGAAACCCCUCAGCCUCCUGUGGAACAGGCGUCUAUGCAGACCAGACCAAUCAAACAAAAGACCCCGCGUGCUGCCACCAUCCGCGUCAGCAGGAGAAAGCAGGCAGCAGCGAGUGGUGGUGGUGGUGACCAGAUAGCAGAGUCCUCUCGUAGGGAGAGUGUCGUGUCCAGAUCCAGCUGGCUGGAUGUAUGGAAGGGACGCAGGCACAAUGUUCUGUGGGCCACCCUGGAUGGACCGUUGGUAUCACUAUGGAAGAAACGAACAGACAAGUUCACAGACAUAGUGUUCCACGUGUCAAGCAUCACCGAUGUCCGUAAGCAGGAGAAAGGACGCUUCUCCAUUUACUUCAGCAAGAAACACUUUGAGUUCAUGGCACACAACAAAGAGGUGCAGGAGGGCUGGGUGACUUCCCUCCUGGCUUCUCGUGGACGGGACGUCCCAGUCCCUCCGGAGCAGCAUGGAGCCCUGACCAUGAAGAACCCUCGCAGCAGUAGAGUGUACGCUGCCAUCUGUGGACACAACCUAUGGAUCUACAACAAUAAAGAGGACUUCCAGUUGGGGGUUGGGAUGACCUUUGUGUCCAUGAACGUGGCGUCAGUGAAGCAGACUGGCCGUCAUAACUUCAGCCUCAUCACACCGUACAAAACCUUCAAUUUCUCCACAGACUCGUUGAGGGAGCUGGGCGUGUGGCUGGGGAGCCUGACCCAGGUGAUCCGCAGUGCCCUGUCAUGCAGCGAGGUGGCCGAGCGACUCUGGGUCAGCCCAUGGAACAAAGUGUGUGCCGACUGUGGCUGUGCCAACCCUGAGUGGGCCUCAGUCAACCUGCUGGUGGUCAUCUGUGAGGCCUGUGCAGGCCAGCAUCGGUCUUUGGGCAUACACGUGUCCAAAGUGAGAAGCCUGAAGUUGGACAUUAAAGUGUGGACCGAACCUCUGAUUCUGCUCUUUGUCCAUUAUGGGAACAAAGCAGCCAAUGAAGUGUGGGCUCACAACGUGCCGGGUGCAGAGCAGAUCCUGCCGGACUCCUCUGUGGAUCAGAGGGGGGAGUUCAUUAGGGCCAAGUACACCAAGGGCCGAUACAGACGGACCCAUCCGUUAGCCUCCAGCCAGAACCUGCUCAACAAGAGGCUGUGUGAGAUAGUGUGUGGCCCUAACGUCCCAGAGACCAUGUCCCUGCUGUGCUCGGGGGCGCGGGUCCUGUGCCACUCAGGGGACCCUCAAUGCUCCUCACCCAUCUCACUGGCAGAGCGGGCUGGACAGGCCAUGCAGACUGAGCUCCUCAGACACAACGAGUACACAGAAGCCCAGCAGAGACCCUGCUACCUCGGUCCCCUUGUCUGCUGCAGGUACACGUAUACUAUGAGUGCAUCACAAUUGCCUAGAAGGGGACUUCGUAGUGGGUGUGAAAUUGUAAACGUGCGUGUGGCAGGAGAGGAGCUCCAUGGGAAGUUGGAGGAGGACCGUUUCCUGUUCUCCCAGGAGAAUGACUCCGCUGCCUGUGAUGUUCUGGACCUGAGGGAGGUCAUCUCCAUCUUCGACUGCUCCAACGGACCAACUCAUGCGUUUGAGAUGGUGACUCUGACGGACCAGUUGCUGUGCAGUUCGGAUACAGAAGAUGGUUUACUCGUACACCUUCUCCAUAUUCUCAAGGUGGUGUUGCCCGGGCCCAUAGAUGAGGAGGUGCCGGACAGGGGGUUUGCUAUGUCCCGGGUGUCUCUCAGGGAGGGAGGAGGCCUGCAGCACAACGAGGUCUGGGCAGUGCUCCGUGGAGGUCAGGUCCUCAUCUAUCCUACUGACCAGCAGCGCCACAGAGAAAGGCUAACACUCAACCUCGAGACGCAAUACAAGAUAGAUUCCUCUGAGAACACCAUAGAGCUGGUCACUGGAGAGAGAACCAUGUCCAUGCAGUUUGAACGAGACCACAGCUGUCAGUCCUGGCACAGCCUACUGAAACGGGCAGUGACCACAGAGAGGAAGCUGUACCAGCUGCCCCCCAACGUCAUUGGCAAUGUGCCCCCUGCCAUCGAGAGGUGUAUCUCACACAUCACCCAAUAUGGUUUAAAGGUGGAUGGGCUGUACCGGCGCUGUGGCUUGGCCACAAAGAUCAGUUGUCUGGUGGAUGCCCUCUGCAGUUCACCUACAACUACCCCUCUGGACACAUACGAAGAGGGUCUCCUGGACGCUGCAGGGGCCCUGAAGCAGUAUGUCCGCCAGCAGGUGGUGCUCAUCCCAGAAACACACAGGAAACUAUGGGUUGAGGCUGCAGCUCACACAGAAGAGACCUUUAGACUGGCUACGUACCGCGGACUCCUGAAGAAGCUGCCCUCUGACAACAGAAUCACACUCAACGCCCUCUGCGGACACUUCUACAUAGUUCAGCAGUAUAGUACAGAGAACCGUAUGACAGCUCAGAACCUGGCGCUGGUGUUUGUCCCCACACUAUUCCCGGAGCUGGCCACGAACACUGACAUGGUGCAGCUCACCAGAGAGCUCAUUAUCCACCACACACUCCUCUUCCUGGUAAGGCACUUUGAACUCCAUCUCUUCUAUUGGACAAUGGAACAUAUAGCAGCAUAAAGCAGUGAAAGACUGACAGUGAACUAGACUAGACAUUUUUACCUACCAUGUCUUGCAAUCUACAGGGUAAAGAAGAGGAGUCUGACAUGGAGAGUGAAGAACUAAUAACUAAAUUAUAGAAGAAAUAUACAGUACCAGUCAAAAGUUUGGGCAGUAUUCCACAAAAUAGUAACAGGAUUUCUAGCAAACAAUAUAUUGCAAGAUGUUCAGAUUUUCAAAAUGUUCCAAAAUAUGCAAGAGGGGAGAACAUUAAUACUAAGGCCUCUUCGGUUUCUCCCUGAAAUAAAAAUGUGUAAAAUGAAUAUAGAGCAGUGUGAAUUUAACAUACAUUUAUCAACAUAAUUGACAACGUGCCUUUUAUGUUUAAACAAUAAGGCAUGAGAAUCCGUGAAUUAUUGUGUGAAUAACUCCUGACAAAGGGCUGUUCUUUAUUUUAAUGAGUAAAUUCAUUUUAUUUAAUCUUUUCACCUGAUGAUAUAGUCCAGGCAAAAGCCAGUUGUUAAUUUUGAGGUUCUGACCUGGUUGUUAAUUCUAUUCUGUCACGUUCCUGACCUUAUUUUCUUUGUUUAGUGUUUGUUUAGUUGGUCAGGACGUAAGCUGGGUGGGUGUAGUCUAUGUUAUGUGUUUCUUUGUUUAGGUUUGUCUUAUUGGCCUGAUAUGGUUCUCAAUCAGAGGCAGGUGUUUUACGUUGUCUCUGAUUGGGAACCAUAUUAAGGUAGCCUGUUUUCACUGUUGGUUUGUGGGUGACUGUUCCUGUUCGUGUGUUCCUGGGUUUUUCUGUGUUCACUAGUUCGGGACUGUAGCUUCGUUGGUUUUUCAUCUGUUUAUUGUUUUUGUUCAUAUUGAGAAGUAUUCUAAUAAAUUAUGGAUACGCACUACGCUGCGCUUUGGUCCUCCCCUCUUUCCACCGACAAAAGACGUUACAGAAUCACCCACCAAAAAAGGACCAAGCAGCGUGGUAACGGACAGCGGCAGCAGCAGCGAUGUCAGGAGGAAUGGAUUUGGGAAGAGGUGUUGAACGGAAAGGGUUGCUACACAUGGGAGGAGAUCCUGGCUGGAAGGGAUCGCCUUCCAUGGGAACAGGUGGAGGCAGCUAGGAGAGCGGAGGCAGCUGCGAAAGGGAACCGGUGUUACGAGGGAACUCGCCUGGCAAGGAAGCCCGAUA